GUACGCGUUGUCGGUUCCAUUUAAAUUUAUUAUUUUCAAUUUUUCAAAUGUUUACUACCUCACAUUUUCAUUAAAGGACACGGUCACGAAUCGCGGUGCACAGUGGAUUAGGAUUCGAAUUAAAUUAAAACAGUGGGCUUGGAGUGCAAUUGUUUUGAGGGGAAAAAAGUGCGAAACAUAACCUAACCCCGCCGAGUUAAAAGUUAAAUAAAUUCGUUGUGAGCCAGUUGCUUGUGGUGUUGUGCUGGGGGAUUGAAUGAAACGGUGCUGACGAAUUGAUUGAUACGAGUUUUACCAACGAAAACGGAACGGUACUGGGAGAAUGCAAUUUACUGUUGUCGGACGACCUACAUACGGUUCCCUGCUGUUAUAAAUAAACGCCUGCCGGAUUACCCGAAAAAAACAAACCGAAUAUGAAGUGUCUUUAGAGUGCGGAAAGUGCGACAGCAAUUAACAACGAUGCGCGGCCAUAAAAAAACGAAGGAAAGUGGCUUUUUCGAAGGCGACUCCUCCGACACGGACAACAUGGGCAAAGCCCUGAAAAGGACUAAAGUGUUCACCACGUCUGGCGAGGCCAAACAGAGGAAAAUCGAAUACACACAGGAGGAGCUAGAAACUCACAUCAGGCCCUUGGAGAACGUCAAAGGAGUCAAUCUGUCCGGCGUUGGGAGGGUUGACAUGUCCCAUUUUGAUCUGCUCAAAGUGCUUGGAACUGGAGCUUAUGGCAAAGUGUUCCUGGUGAGGAAGCGGGGCGGCAGGGACAACGGCCGCCUGUACGCCAUGAAGGUGCUGAAGAAGGCGACCAUCGUGCAGAAAAAGAAGACGACGGAGCACACGAAGACGGAGCGGCAGGUGCUGGAGGCGGUGCGCGACAAUCCGUUUCUGGUCACGUUGCACUACGCCUUCCAAACGGAUGCCAAGCUGCAUCUCAUCCUAGAUUACGUGGCGGGUGGAGAACUGUUUACACAUUUAUACCAAAGAGAGCACUUCACCGAGGAUGAGGUGCGGAUAUACAUCGGCGAGAUCAUCCUGGCACUGGAACACCUCCAUGCGCUGGGGAUUAUCUACAGAGACAUCAAGCUGGAGAACAUCCUGGUGGACGAGUCCGGUCACAUAGUGCUGACCGAUUUCGGCCUCAGCAAGGAACUGCCCCGCGCCGACAGCGAACAAAGGGCGUACUCGUUCUGCGGCACGAUAGAGUACAUGGCCCCGGAAGUGGUCAAGGGCGGCACCCAGGGACACGAUAUCGCUGUUGAUUGGUGGUCUGUAGGUGUGUUAACUUACGAAUUACUAACCGGAGCCUCCCCAUUCACCGUCGAGGGUGAGAGGAAUACUCAGCAAGAAAUAUCGAGGAGAAUACUCAAAACCACCCCUCCAAUCCCAGACAGUUUAGGUAAAGACGUCUCAGACUUCAUAAGCAAGCUACUGGUCAAGGACCCACGCAAAAGGCUGGGCGGUGGGGAGGAGGAUGCCAAAGAGCUGAAACGACACGCCUUCUUCAAAGACCUGGACUGGGACAAGCUGGAACGCAAGGAGAUCCCCGCCCCAUUCAAACCUGUCAUCAGGAACGAAUUGGACGUGUCCAAUUUCAGCGAGGAGUUCACGGCGAUGCCGCCGCGGGACUCGCCGGCGGUCGUGCCGCCCAACUACGACAAAAUAUUCAAGGGCUACUCGUACGUGGCGCCCUCCGUCCUCUUCUCCAAGAACGUGAUCAGCGAGGAGAUACUCCAGCCGACCAAGCAGCACGACAAUACGUCGCUCAUAAACUGCAAACUGAACAACUCCCAGUUCUUCCAGGCGUACGACAUCGAUCUCAACGAGGAGAUUCUGGGCGACGGCACCUUCAGCGUGUGCAGGCGGUGCGUCCACAAGGAAACCGGCAAGGAGUUUGCCGUUAAGAUUGUGAGCAGGACCAAGGAUUGCUCGCAGGAAGUGAACUUGUUGAGGGCCUGCCAGGGCCACCCCAACAUAGUUAAGCUGCAAGCGUUCAUACAGGACGAGCACUUCAACUAUUUGGUGCUGGAGUAUUUGAAGGGCGGGGAACUGUUCGACAGGAUAAGGAAGAAGUCGAAAUUCACCGAGUCCGAGGCUUCGUUGAUAUUGAGGAAGCUGGUGGGCGCCGUCAAUUUCAUGCACUCUCGCGGUGUCGUGCACAGGGACCUGAAACCGGAGAAUCUCGUGUUCACUUCUGGGGAAGAUACGGCCGAGAUCAAGAUAAUAGAUUUCGGCUUCGCGAGACUGAAGAAAGAAAAGGAGCCGUUGCACACUCCUUGUUUCACGCUGCACUACGCGGCGCCGGAAGUAUUAAAGGGCGAUCCCGAGGGAUACGACGAAAACUGUGAUUUGUGGAGUCUGGGCGUGAUAUUGUACACGAUGCUGUGUGGCAAGGCGCCGUUCCACGCCCGCUCCAGGGACGAGAACGUGACGUCCAUAAUGGAGCGCAUCAAGGAAGGCGAAUUCUCGUUCGACACCCCCGCCUGGGAGGGCGUCAGCGACGAAGCCAAGGCUGUGGUACAGGGUCUGUUGACGGUCAACCCGAGCCAAAGACUGAGAAUGGUCGAUCUGCAGAACAAUUCGUGGGUGCAGGGCAGCCAAAACUUCCCCCAGACGCCGCUGAUGACCCCCGAUGUACUUACGGGCACGCCGGCCGAGCUCAGCCUCCAAACCACGUUCAACGCCUUCCACAGAGCGCAACGGGAGGGCUUCCGACUGCAGGACGUGUCCAUCGCCAAGCUGGCGCAACGUCGCCGACUGAAGAAAAGUUCCUCCGACAACAACAGCUCGUCAUCGUCCAGUUUCACGAGCGAAGGCUCUCUCAAGAGCGAUCCGACCACGCCUCUCUCCACCAAGACCAAACACUCACUCGACAUCAAAAAGACUGACGACAAACAAGACAACCCCAAACCCAGCACCAAUCCAGCGGAAAAAGACAAUGUGUUCAUUUUCGGCGACACCAAGACGUCCGAAUUCCUGGACAGGUUCAGCUCCAAUCCUUCCACGAUCACCUCUCAAAGCUCAUCGAGCCUAAGGAGCUCCGACACUAGCUCAAAGUACGAAAACCGGGAGUCGACCGGCUCCAGCGGCAUCGUGGUGUCGGACAAGAGCUCCGUGGACGUCAAAGUGGAAAAGAAGAAGCGGGAAAAGAAGGUCUACGUACAGACGAGGCAGAGCGAACGAAUCAGAAAACAAAGACUGGAAGUCGACAUGGAUCCGCUGUUGCAGUUGCCUCCGAACAGGAGGAAACGGAAGUUGGACGCGACAGGGUUGGAGCCGGUCGCGACGGGCACACCAGAAACUAAAGUCAGGAAAAAGGCCGCGCCGGCUCCGAGCCGGAGGGGGCAGAAGAAAAAGGUGCACCGGUAGACCCCGUAGUGUAAUUUAAUCAAUUUAGUAUGUUUUUUGUAAAAAAUAAUAAAAUGUACAGUGAUACACAAAGAUCGAACUGAAGUGUAUACCAUUAUGAAAAUAUACAUCGAUGCGGUUUAAUCUUUGUGCCAUUCAACAAAUUCUCUCAAUGUGAUAAAGGUUUUACUGGAAAAAUGUAACUGUUUUAUUACCGGUCACAUGUACUUGUUUGUUCCAUUGUAUAUGCGAUUCAUCAUUUAAGUGCACUUCUUAGACCGAAAGAAACAACUAAGGAAUACCAAAAAUUUGUAUAUAUAUAAAUGUAUGAAUUAAACAUUUUUGUAAAUGUACAUUUCUCGUUUACUCUUUAUGUAUAAUUGUUUUAUACAGAUUUAAGAUUUAGAUAAUGUUGAAGUGUUAUUUUCUUUGGGUGGUUGCAAUUAAUAUUAAAUUUUAUUUCCUCGUGAAACAAAUCGUUUUUGCCCAUUUUUGGAAUUAGUAAAACAUUAAUUAUGUACAAUUUUGAUUUAAUUCAUCAAAAGUGAUUUUUUCACGAGAUCAUCUCAUGGGUAAAAGACGAGUACGUCUCUUACCUGCCUUUUUAUAUUGUUAGUCAUUAAAUCGCAACCAACCAUCAAUGUUACAAAAAUUUUAUAGGUAUAUUUGAAUUAUUACACAUUUUUAAAUUAACACCUUUUUAAAGAAAGAAAACAAAACAACAACAAAACAUAUUAUGGCAUUGUUUCUUAAUGAUUUUGGUUUUAUGUGAUGACACAUUAAUUUUUUAUAUUUGGUGGAUGUAGAAUUGAGCAACAAUUAUUAAUUGAAUUGGAUUUACCACAUGUAUAUCAAAGUGUAGAAAAAUUUACAAUUAGUUUGACUCAUUUCGAUGACCACCAUUUAUGAGCAUAUCAAAAAUAUAUAAUUUUUUUUUGUUUGAGAAUAAUUAGAACGUUUAUUAAUUUGAAAUGUAUGAUGUAGUAAACAAUUGAAAAAUGUAUAUAUAUUCCCCACCUAGUUUUUUAGGCAAUUAUCAAAUGUAUAAUAAAUAUUUUUUCGAACGAUUUGUGGUGAAAAUUAUGACAUGGUUGAAACUUGGAAUAUAUAUUUAUGUGGAAAAAUACACUUUCUUAAAAUUUAUAAUAUAAAAUGAAUAAAAAGAAUUACAAACGUAUAUCUGUAUAAACAUAACAAUAAACUGGUCUAUUUUUUAGUCAUUGUAUGUUCAUUAGUUAUGGGAUAGUAUGUCAACUAUUAUUUAUAUUACCUUAUUAAUUGUUUUUGUUUUGCACUCAGGUACAAUUUUACAUAAAAUAAUCACUUAAUGUAGUAUUUUAAUUUUAUAUUACUUACUUUGCUAGUACGAUAGUAUUUGUUUAUUUGUAUAUGGCAGUUUUUAUGAAAGAAGGGAAAUAUUUAUAUGAAAAUGAUAGACCAAGUAGACAGUGCCUUUUACCUCUUUAUUCUAGAGGCUGUCUUGCUUGUAGGCAACAUACUACAUAUUUAUGUAAUUGCCUUAUGUUAGUAUUAAAUAUUUUGAUUCUUUA